UUACAGUCAUGAUCAGAAAGAAAAUAGAUUAGAUGGUCGGUGCUCGGUUUCGUGAGCAAGGAAAUGGUUGAAUGAAAGGUUUGCUCCGAACUCGAAUGGCAAUCCUCCGCUAAUCAGUUUCUACUACAGUCGUACAGACACUCCAUCGCGUCCACCAAGAAAUACAAACACGCAGCGCUGGUAUCAGCUGUUGCAGCGUCCAUGACAGAAGCUUGGUUCAAACUGAUCAGAGGUGGUCUGGAGCUAGAUUAGAACUCCCUUCCAAUCCCCCAUCAUCGGCCAGCAUUGUCACCCGGCCGUGGUUCAUAAGGGAGGAAUUAUUUCUAAUUUCUACACUGGGACUCCGGCCAAGUGCGGCCAGCAAGAGUUCAAGAUGAGCGAGGACAUGAAGUUCAUUGUGGAGAACUUAAACAAGAAACCGUUCAGCAAGAAAUUCAACCUGAUCAGUUUCGAUGCCCUGGAGCCGCUGCAGCUGCUGCAAGUUCUGAACGAUGUGAUCAGCGAGAUAGACCCGCAGCAGAAAGUGGACCUGCGCGAUGAGCCACCGGAAGACACGGCGGUGCGCAUGUUUUCAAUCCUGCGCCUGCUCAAGUACAAACCACCGACAGACCAGGGCAACCUGAGUGCAUUCCGCCUUGGUUUGGUUCAAGGGGACAAGCUGGUGGUUCAUCCAAUCCUGUGCUAUUUGUUACGCAACAUCGAUGACCUCAACACAAGGAUGUACCUGUCUCGAUUUCUUGUGAAGAUUGAUGUUCCAAUGGAUAUGCUGCAAGAUGACACUGUUCAAUCAACAUUCUCUACGUACGAGUCUCUAAUGAAGGAGUUCCGGGAUGUACACAGGGCAAAAGAGAAGAUCAAAUCGUCCGGUGCUACAGCGGCUGAAAUCAGAAAGGAUAUUGCUAAUAUGGAAGAAGAGCGGCGCCAAGUCAAAGCAAGACUCGCACGCCAGAAGAAAAAGGUUCGAGACAAUGUUCCAAACGCAGAUGCUGCCAUCAAGGCAGCACAGCAGCAGCGCGGAGAGAAAGGAAAGGAGAGGGAGCUGGCAAUGCAGAAGGUCGACCAGAAGAACCAGCUACUGCACACCGAGCAAAGGUACCAGCGAUUGCGCAAGCAGCUGAGAGAGCUCCAGACCGCUAAUAUGGGCAGCUCAGCUGAAGGACUAAUCCAGCAACUGGAGGAGGAAAAUGCUGGCAAUGCUUUCACUGUCAAGGAGAAACUUCCAAAGGAACUGGAAGCAGCCCAUCAGCUUAGAGAGGUUUUGAAAAAAGUGGUGGACGAACCUGUGUUGACGCCAGAUGAUUUUGAGACACUUGAAGCAAAGCUGCACCAAACCAAUGAAGUGUGCCAGUCACUGCAUGAAGAACGCCUCCAACAGCAGCGGCCUGGUGAUGACAAACUGUCUCUCUUCCGACAGCAGGCGGCCGUAGUGAGCAGAAAGAAGGCUGCAGUUGCACAGACAUUGGCGGAGCGUCGGGAAGAGCUUGGAAAUCUUGAGGGAGAGCUGGCGGAGAAACGAGCCAAGUUUGACGGUGUUGGCAAGGACGAUUUGGAGCCAGAUGGGAUGAACAAGCUCGUGAGUGCAGUGCGCCGGGACCAUGAUGAAAUGAGGGCACAGAAGAGAAAGCUCGAAGCUCUCCAGGCCGAGAAUGGUAUCAAGGAGCGCACUCUUGAUCUUCUCAUCGAGCGUGAGCAGGAGAUCAAGCAGGAGUUGGUGGAAGUGGAGGAGCAGUACGGGAUCACUGGCUACCAGAAGACACAGCACAAAAUGGAGAAGGUUGCAUCCAGGAAAAGCAAGAUUGACGAACAAAAAGAACGUGUUCUGGAAGAGAUGUCUGCCCUUGUCAUUGAGUUGAACAAAGUAAUUGAGGAAAAGAAAGCCACGCUCACUCCACUGCUGGCGGAUAUGCGUACAUUACGUCAAGCAUUCACUGCCACAAAGACAAGGUAUGAUGAAGCAAAGGCAAAGUAUGACACGACUAGGUCCGAGGUCGAGUCUGAGCUGGCACCUCUGGAGCAGGAGGUGCGGUCACUGCGACAGAGUGACAUGCAGCAGUCGUCUCGUCUUCUCUACCUUCAGGCCACUGUCGAAGCGAUGAGUGUCAAACUCGCCCGCGCUGCUACUGAGCUAAAGCUCUACCAGUCCGGCGUCAAGGAACAAGACGCGAAACAGCAAACAUUCAGGGAGUUUCACAAUAAGACAAUGGUUCAUGUGGAGAAGCAGAGCAAGGAACUGAAGCAAACACAGAAGGAUGUUCGAACCCGACACCCUGAGAAUAUCAAGCAGAUGAAAAUGUGGCAGGACUUACAUGCGUUGAUGGGUGCCAAGAGGGAGGCCUUCAAGCAGCAGGAAGAGCAACGGCAGAAGCAAGUUGCUCAGGACCAGGAGAUGCUGGCUAACGAAGAUCACCUUGUCUUAUGAGAUAAUUAUCAUCACGGGAUACUAGCACUGGCAGCGUACCUCAC